AUGAAAUUAGUCAAAUAUUCUAAAGAAAAAAAGACCGUCUAUGCCUACCGCAAGAAGGCCCGGGUUCCUUACACCAUCAUCGACAUUGGUGUCUGGCACGAGGUUGUCAUCCCCCGCGUCCCUUCCGGAAGACUCGACCGCGCCGCAGUGAUGGGCCGAACAUUCCUCGUCGGAGCAGGAGAGGCAUGCUGCGCAACCACCGCAAUAGAGGAUAUCGGUCGUUUUGUUGCCUCGAUUAUUGUUGAUCCACGUACUCUGAGCCGGUACGUGUUCGCCUACGUGUUUUCUAUAAUCUGGCAGAAGGCCAUCGUGCAAUUUCUAUACAACAAUUGGGUCAAGGGGGACAAUGAAUCCUCUUACACCAAGUACCUCGGUUAUCUAGAUGCGCAUGAUCUAUAUCCGGACUUGAAAGUCAAGCCUUUGAAGAAGAGUGUACGGGAGGCAUUUGCUAAUGGACAAGACUUUGCUUCUCAAGUUGGUGACGAUCCAUUUUGGUCGGGCCUUGAAAAGCUUCUAUUUGAGGAAGAGAAAUAG